CUCCUUUACCGCUGGGAACCGAACCGAAUCUUCUCCGUACUCGGACCUAGUGGUCCUCGCGACGAGACGCUUCACACACGCGCGCUUUUCCGUCAGACUUUUUAUUUUUUAAUUCUGUUCGAACAUUUUUCCACGUUAUUUAGAAACUAUAUCGCAUGUACAACUGAUGCAAUAAGCAAGUGACAGGGAAUUACCCCUCUCUCCUCCCUCCACUCUGGUCAACCUGCCUCGCUCUUAGUCUAACCAGUUCAUUUGCGCUCUCACCAGAAGUUGCAGCCGCGCGUUGUGUUCCUUCACGCCGCAUCUGGUCUACUCUCCUCCGGGCUCGUUUGGUUUGCAACAGCGGCUGCAAGUUUUACCAGGAGGCUCUGAGGUCCAGACGUCCAGGUGAAGCACAAAGAACGAAGCUACAAGGAAGGAGACCUGCCUCAAGCUGACAGCCAUGAAGACCCGCGUGGCGGAUCAUCUAACGACUGUGUUUUUUAUCAUCGGCCUCCUGUCAGCUGGUUCAAGUGAACAUGACCCUUUUCUGGAGUUUUGUGGCAAAUGGCGCCACGGAAACAAACCCCUGAGCCUGAACAUCGACGUCUCUCCAGGUUUGGCUGGUUGGUUGGCAGGGCUCAGUGUUUCAGCCAAUGAGAGUUCUCUGUCUGUCAGAGGAAGAAUCACUGCCAACUGUAAAAAGAUGAAGGUGAUUCCUCUCGAUAAAUACGUAAUUCACCCAGAUACGGACUUCUGUCUGCACUGGGAGCCUCUGCUGGACCAGAUGAUGCUUAAGGUUGGAGAAAGAAAUAUUAUUAUUUGCCCUCCUUCAAGUCCUGCACAAAAUUGUUGCACAGAUUUCAGUAAUGGGGCCAAUAUGCCUGAAGCAAAAUAUGGUAUCGCCAAAGGAAGAGUCCGAAAUGAUGACAUCACAGAUAAAACAUUGGAAGGCUACAACUUCAAGGGAGAGUUCACUGACUGCAAGAAGUUGUGUGACCUCGCUAACCAGACCUCUGUCAAAGGGUUUCACGACACCGAACAUCCGUGUGCUCAGAGAUAUGAGAAAGAGAUGAAGAAAGAUUUCAAAGGGGAAAAAGUCUCAACAAGUGGACCAAAGCAAAAGACCUCUGUCUCCGUCGACAUCCCUUCUGCACUGAAACCAGCCAUGGCAGCAACGAGCAAAGUGUCCGUGACAUUCUUUAAGAACAUCUCCGUGUUCCCGGCGUUCUCUCUGUCAGUGCGUGAAACUGUAAGCUCUGAGGACGCCAAACCUCUCCUGGAUGUGGUGGAAAUCUCAGUGGAGAAUGAGAUCAUCACUAAUCUGCCUGAGCCGGUCAAGAUUUCCUUUGACCAUGAAUACAUACCUUGGAACCUCAGAAGAAAAUGUGUUUCCUGGGACACUCACAGAGAUCCUUUGGAGGUGAACUGGUCGGAGUUCGGAUGCAAGACAAAGAGGAAAGGAUCAUGGCACACGGAGUGCCAGUGUGACCAUCUGACUUACUUCACAGUGCUGGUGCAAUUGGAGCCUAAACCGGUGCGCCACCUACUGGCACUUACUGCUAUUACAUAUGUAGGCUGUGCAGCGUCCUUCAUCAGCUGCAUCGGGGUCAUCGUGUUUUUCUGCAGGAACAGGAGACGGACCAAGGAGCAGUCUGUAGCCAUCCACCUGGGCUUAGCUUUGGCCCUGGCCCUCCUCAGCCUGCUCUUCUUCUUUACUGGGGUUCUGGCCAACGUGGGAGGCGAAGAUGUGUGCACCUGGGUGGGGGCCCUGCUCCACUACGCCCUGCUCAGCUCCCUCACCUGGAUGGGGAUAGAAGUGCUUAACACCUUCUGGUUGGUCUACAUGGUGUUCAGACCCUCCCCGCGGCCCUACGUGUGGUACCUGAUCGGUUUUGUCCUCCCAGUUGUUCCUGUUGGUAUCCUGGCUGGUGUGGGGGAUUUUUAUGGAAUGGCAGAAAUUGAACAGGCUGACAAAAAAGAUGAUCCUUAUCGGAUGUGCUGGAUGAAACUGAAUGAACAAAACGCCUUACUAGCUCACUGCUUCACCACCAUAGCCCUGCUGGCCGUCCUGGUGUCUUCUGGGGUCGUGAUGCUCUUCCUGGUGUUCCGGGAGAUCCGCACCAGGGACGAGUGGAAGCAGAACCGGGUGGCUUUCCUCAGCAUCUGGGGUCUCAGCUGCCUCUUUGGAGUAACCUGGGGUCUGACCUUCCUGAAUGUUGAGCCACUGUCAGACUUUAUCCUCUUCCUCUCCUGCUUCCUGAACUCCUUUCAAGGUUUCUUCCUGAUGCUGAGGUUCUGCAUGAUGAACUGGGUCCGGAAACAGGCCAGGAGGUCGGUUUUAGGCAGCACCAGCUCCGGGUCCGUCAAGAAUCACAUGCUGCAGACGACCGAGAACAGCUAGCCGCUCCGAGUUCAAGGUGUGAGGUCGACUGUGAGACACAGAGGCAGAGUUCUGAGCUCAGGUUUCCUGUGAGUUUGUUGCGUUGUGAUGUUCUUACAGAAAACACUGACAGAACGAGCACUGGCUGAACCAAUAAGAUCGAUACAAUCACUUUGAGGCAGAGUUAAGUGGAAGAACCACUGACUUAGAGUCAAGGUUGUGAUGAUGAUAUGGUAUGAUCAUCCUAACAUGCUACUGAUAUCUUGUUCCAUUUGAAGGGCUUCUCAGAGACCAAAAUCCAUUAUUUAAGCUUUUCUAUAUCAGCUUUUCUUCAACAUAUUUUAUUUAAUGGACCUUAUAAUAAUCUAUCAGUUAUAUCACUUUUUUGCAGCAAAGAACAACUGAUUGUGUUCCGUGUGGGUUCGGUUCUGACAGCAGAUUGUUUUCUAAUGGACCUUCUUCCUGCAUUACAUGUAGAUCCUGGAGCUUUUCACAACACAACAACAUAAUUAGCAGCUUCACAUGCUGACACCAGUCACCUGGAAGUGACAUCAUCUAGCGUCUGGCAUAUAACUGGUCUGUGAAAACAAUCAGAUGUUUCAUGAAUAAACAUACUGCCAGAAUCUGACUGUUUUCAGGUUGAUGGACGCUGACAGCUGAGUCCUAAAAUAUUUUUGCAGUCAGUGAACGCACCAAAACAAAGUCUAUUAUAUGAAAAAGUAGCUAAAAUGCUCAGUUUAUCUGUAACACUAACAACGUUAGCAUAACGGCUACCACAAGCAUGUUGAUCACACUCUUUGGUGUGGAUAAAUUCUCAGGGGAAUUCACAAGGAGACUGCUAGCAAUGCUACAUGCUAAUAUAAGACUGUUUGAAAUAUCCUCUCCACAAUAAGUCAGCGAUUGUUUUAAAAUAGCGGCGUCCUGUUUUUAACGUUCGCUCACACACCCACACAGUGUGACAUUGCGUCUGAUCAGAAUAUAAAUAACCGAGGUUUGUUUCUGACUGGAAAGUUGUAUAAAAAUGUACAAUUCUAUAAUUAUAUCGUGAAUCAGCUAAAAUCUGCCGAGGAAAAGUGAAAAGAUUUGGUGAGACGUUUUAAAGAAAGCACUGAUGGGAAGUUAUCUUAUUAAUUUUUAGGACAGAGAAGCACAUGUUUUUGUGUUUUUUCCUAUUUGUAAUAAGGAAAUGAUGGCGUUGACUUUUCAGUAAUCACUGCAGGGUCCGUUGCUGUGAAGCUACAAGAUAAUUCUUCUUUGUUUCCUUCAGUAGUUUUGGUUCUGUUUGGGAUUAAAGAACUGAAAACACAAUAUUAGCAAAAUUUUGUAUUUUCUCUGCUUCAUUAUAUUCACAUUGAAUAUAUAAUCUGACUUCCUCAUUUGAGACGCAGGCGAUAUUUUUACACACCGAUAUUUGUGAAUAAACAGGAAAUCAAGCUUGUGCAGUGAAUGUUCGGUCUGAUGAAAAUAUGAAAGUAGAAUAUGCGGGGUUCUAGCGCAUUACUUCAGUUGUAAACUAAAGUAGAAGUAGUUGAUGAGUUGCUCGUAUGAAAGAACCGCCUCCCAGUUCCUCAGGAAGUCCAAACUCAGGACCGGAGCCUGAGCUGCAGAAUCCCUAGACUGGUUCUAGUUGAAGAUUAAACGGCUUUAGUUCAGAUUCAGAAUCAUUUAGAAAAGUCGUUAAGCUUUUCUACAACACACAGAAACGUGAAGCUUAAUAUCUGUAUGCUACUGUGCUCUGAUUAGAUGUUACUAUUGAAGAUAAGCUUUUAUAUUUCAGAUGUUUGCUCAUUUUCUGUUCUGUGCCUUUGUAAUUGAUAGUUGAAUAGUGAAAUAGCACUUUAUACUGCUGUUGUGUUGCUUAGCUUCAGUUAGUUUGAUGUACACCCAGUGGGCAUUAGUAAUGAAAAAUGUGAUAUGUUUUGAUGUAUUCAGGAAGAAUAAUAAAGCAUGGAAUGUGUUUUAAGUUAAAAUAAAACAAUUUACUGCUGCAGAAAUAGUUUAAUCCACACAUUUAGAGGUUUGGUGGAUAAAUUAUGUUCCUUCCCAGAAGAACACAUGUUUUUAGAUGCUGUGAUGUUUGCACUUUUUUAUUUUGAAAGAAUAUUUUUCAGUCAAAUCCUUAUGUAUAUCUGGCCUUUUGUAUAUGUCUGUAAGGAAUAUUAAUAAAACAUGUUUUAUUAAUAUAAAGAAGAACUUGUUAUUUUGGUGUUUGGCUCAUAUUCUCCUCCUUGGCCAUUUAUUUGAGCUUUUUCAUAAAUAAAUAAACACUUCAGACCCAGAA